AAUUUUAUAAACUGGAUUGGCUAACAUGGUUGACAGAACUUGACAUGUUAUGAAAUUAAAGGUUAUGAGAAUCAAAUUGUAAUUUUUUGUAAUUAUUUUUUUAGUAAUAUAAACCGAAAUGCACAUAACGGUGCAAUUUGGGGGUGGUGCUGAAUUGCUUUUUGAUAACAAAAAGAGUCACGAUGUAACAUUACCUGAAAAAGACAAGGAAUGGAUAAUUAAGGAUUUACUUAUUUGGAUUAAAGAUAAUUUAUUGAAAGAGCGACCAGAACUGUUUUUGCAAGAUGAGUCUGUGCGACCUGGAAUACUCGUCUUAAUCAAUGACGCAGAUUGGGAAUUGAUGGACACUGUUAACUAUGUCAUUCGGGAAAAUGAUAGGAUAUUGUUUAUUUCCACAUUACACGGGGGUUAAUUUUAUUGUAUCUGUUUUUUUUUAAAUAAAAGAUUUGUUUAUGA